GAAAGGUUGGGAGAAUCGGUGAAGGAGGCGCAGCAGGGGUCGCGGGGCAGAGUAGAGCGGUCCUGCAGGUUGUGGCAAGCAGGGAAACCUCAGGAGCUAAUAUUACUUGCUCCACAACCGCCACUGUCAUUCCUUCUACUCCACCAGAUGUUAUUGUCAUUGCAUCCACUUCUCCCACGCAAGAUAUGUCCUCUAAUCCAUCUUCCUCUACUCCUCCUCCUCCUUCUACUACUACUACUACUAUCAGUCUACCCACGCCUCUUUCACCUGUUUUAUCCACUACUACUGCUACUACUACCACUACAACAACGAUUACUACUGCUGCUGCAUCCUCGACACCAGCCAACACCAACGCAAGCACUACAGUCGAAGCCGUCACAGCCACCGCCGCCAUCACCUGCCACCACCACCAUAACACACACCGUCAACGCUAUUCUCACCGUUAACUUGCCGCCUACGAGUGUGAGGCUGCGGGCGGCGGCGGGGUCUGAGGCGUGGGUGAUCGGGGGGCAGCAGUCCACCUUCACGUGCAGGGUGGAGGGCGCCUUCCCGCAGCCCAUCGUGCGCUGGUCUCUGGGUCGCAGGGAGCUCACCACGCAGCAGUAUCCAGUGGUGGUGGAGGCAGGUGUUCUCGAGAGCCAAGUGGUGCUCACUCCAGAAGCGGGGGACCACGGGGCUGCCCUCACCUGCUCAGCACACAGCCCGCACCUCCCCCACGCUGCCCUGCAAGACCACAUCACCCUUACUGUGCACUUCGUCCCCGUGGCGAGGCUGAGAGCGACUGGGCUGGAUGGAGACAACAUAACAGUGAGCGAGGGAGAUAACGUGAGCCUCGUGUGCCACCUGCAAGCCAACCCCAGCGUCUACAACGUCACCUGGUUUCACAACGGUCGUGCCGUGUUCCGGGGGGUGGAGGGCGCGAGGAUGGAGGUGCGGCAGGUGAGGCCAGCGCACCGUGGUCUGUACACCUGCCUCGCGAGCAACCAAGUGGGGGACGGUCAUAGCAACGCAGUCAAUCUCAACGUUAUGUUCCGGCCAGUGUGUGCGGCCAACCAGACACUGCAGUACAGAAGAGUAAGAGGAGAAGCUUUAACAAUAGUGUGUUCCUUGCUGGCGUAUCCCCCGACCUUAGUCUACACGUGGGCCAUUAAGAAGACGCCAGACAGUUCCCCCGAGAGGCUGGCGAGCGUGGGGCGGAAGGAAGGCCUCACAGGGCGCUAUACUCUUCCACGCCUUAAGGAGGAGAGGAGGGAGGAGCAGGUGGUGCAGUGCUGGGCGCGAAACACUGAGGGAACGCAACUUUAUCCGUGCAACUUCACCAUCUUCACGCAAAGUCGGCCGGGUCCAGUGGGAGGGUGCAAAGUGACGCAACAUACUGCCGGGGGGUUUACUGUGCAGUGUCAGCCCGAGCCACGUCCAGGCCCUCAUACCUCGUACACUCUUCUUGCCUUCGCUGUGUCUACCCCGAACAAAGGAGGAGAGGUGAACAAUACAGCGGGAGAACGAAGCAAAACCAGCGGCGGGAAGAGCAGUGGCGGCGGCGGCGGUGGCAGUGGUGGUGGUGGUGGUAGUGGUCUGAAUGAUGUAACCCCAUCGUUCAGUGAUAAACAGUUGGUGGCUAACCUCACUCAUUCUUCUCCUGUGUUCACGGUGCGGGGGCUCGAGGCGGGGCUGGAGCACCUCGUGAUGGUGAGGGCGCAGAACCAGGAGGGCCAAGGAGAGCCAGUGUUCCUUACAACUUUCACCCUUAACGACAACCCACAGACGGUCAUUCGAAUGCCGCCGAGACUUGACGUGGGGGGACAGUGGGAACGAAGGAGGGCGAGGCAAACUUUCUUGUGGCGCUACUGUCUGCCGUCAUAGUGGUGGCGGCGGGCGUGGGAGGCAUUGUGGCGGUGGCUGUGAUGGUGGUGCGGUGGCGAGGCGCAGCAAGGCAUGACCAUCAUCCUCGCGACACGGUGGAGCUGAGUGAGGAAAGCGUGGUGGUGCUGGCGACAGGUGGGCAUGAGUCAGGAGCCCAUCCCUCCCCGCCCUGCUCCCGCCCGCACCGCCCACACCCACCCAGUGUUCCAGACGCUUCAAGUGGACCUGAGUGACACACCUGAACUCCUCGCCUGUCAUGCCGGGAGGGGAGGAGAGCCUAGCCCCCCUCGGUGACCCCCACACCCCUCCCCGGGCCUCCCUCCCCCCCUCCCCCCCACUCACGCUGCGGUCGCAAGGUGUGUCGGCUAUUAGGGCGGCGCAGGAGUAACCCAGACGAGGCAGUGGACGAGUGGCGGUGUACAGCUGGUCGUCACUUCCCGCUGCCUCCCUCACUCGCAGCGGACACGACCUGAACAACCUGAACGACUUGAACGACCUGCACUUGUAAAACGACCCGCUGGCGCCAUGACGGACCCGCUGCAGUAUGGUACGACACCAGCAACGACUGGUUCUUAUCUGGGGCUGUGUUCUGCUAGACAGUACCCAUUACGAGUCCCCUUACCAACUCCCCAUUUCCCCCUAGUCAGUUUGUCAUGUUGAAAUCAAGGCAGUUUCCCCCCUCAACCCACAGCCCCACAACCCCACAGCCCACAGCCCUACAGUCCGUUUUUCCACGUGUUUGUCUCGACCUGUCCUCUAAAACUGUGACAAUCUACUACUACUUCUACUACUACUACUACUGCUGCUAUUACUACAGUUACUACUACUACUACUACUACUACUACUACUAUGUAUGUACACUUUCUGACGGUGAGAUUCGUUUUUUUGUUUUUUUGUUUUUGUAUUUUGGUAAAUAAACCGAAUUGUGGUUUGGUCAUGUGUUUGGAAUUGAUCUUUGUGUGUUUGUUUGUUUGAGUGUGUGUGU